GGGAUUCCUGUGCAGCGCGUUCGGUUCGGACGGGCGCCUGCCCUACAGGGGGGGGGGCUCCCCGCGCCCCUCUCGCGCAGCCCCUCUCGGCGCCGCGCCGUGCCGACCACCCCGGGCCGCUUCCCGCCGCCGGUCGAGCCCCACGGAGACCCCACGGGGGCCCCCUCGGCGGAAGGGCGCCGCCAUGGCCCAGCAGUCCUGCUGCUACUUCCGGCGCCGCGCCGGGGGCUUCCUGUGCGUCACGCAGGCGAACCUGGAGGACUUCGUCGGCGACGCCAUCGCGACCUCGACCAACCGCCGCCUCGAGGGCGCCCACCGGCGCAACUGGUGGGGCUUCGCGGGGCGCCGCAGCGCCGACGCGGCCCUGCACGCGCGGGCGGGGGCGGAGCUGCUGCGGCUGUGCCACGAGCGGGCCUCGGAGCUGCGCUUCGGGGAGGCGGCGGACUUCGUGGAGGCGCCGGAGGCGGCGGAGCUGCUGCGGCGCAGCUACGCCGAGCUGUUGCGGACGGCGGCCGAGCUGGGGGUGCAGUCGCUCGCCUGCCCGGCGAUCGGCUGCGGCUGCCGGGGCUACCCCGUGCGGGAGGCGGCCGAGGUGGCGCUCCGGGCGGUCGGCGAGGACGCCGCGGUCCAACUUACGUGGAGCUGCGCUUCUGGGACACGGCGACAUUCUCCUUUGCAUCUUCGGGGGAUCUUGUCUGUCCCGCGAAUUGUGGUCUUUUUUUGUGUCCGACGGGGUGCCGACGAGGAUUCGGUGUGGAUUCGACGCGGACUCGACGUGGGUUCGACGUGGACCCGACGUUCGACAUGAAGUCGACGCGAAUAGCGGCACGACGGGACAUCCAAUGUCCCUCGGAGAUGCAGCUUCAGGCGACGUUCUGGGCCUGGAGGGACCGCUGCCCGGAGGUCGGCCUGGGCGCGGAGGCCCGAGGAGCGCCCGAACGUGGACCGACGAGACGCGGGAGCGACCCUUUUCCAGAAGUUGAGCUCUGGUUUGCGGCUCUCGGGGGGGAGUAACAGGGGCGGGGCAAAGCCCA